AUGUCGCAAGUGAUGUCCAGCCCCCUGCUGGCAGGAGGCCAUGCAGUCGGCUUGUCUCCCUGCGAAGAACCCAGGAGGGCCCUGCACCCAGCACCCAGCCCUGGCCUGCCACUGCAGUGUCCUUACUAUACCACAGAAGGUUGGGGAGCCCAGGCCCUGAUGGCCCCCACACCCUUCAAGGGGCCCCCCAGCAGGCUCCAGCAGGGUCCACAGGCUAGAGCCAAAACCAGCUGCCUCCUGCAAUCCCCUGGGGAGCAGACCUCAGGGACCCUGGAGGACCUCGACUCCUACAUUGACUUCUCACUGGAGAGCCUCAACCAGAUGAUUCUGGAACUAGACCCCACCUUCCAGUUGCUCCCCCCAGGAACUGGUAGCCCCUGGGCCGAGCCUACCCAGAGCACAACCUCAAGGAAAAAGAAAGACGAGCCUGAAGCCUUGGACAUAAAGUACAUCGAGGUGACCUCCACCAGAUCAAGGUGUCAUGAUGGCCCCCAGUGCUGCUCCAGCCCAUCUGUCACCCCGCCCUUUGGUUCCCCACGCAGUGGUGGCCUCCUCCUUUCCAGAGACAUCCCCCGAGAGACUCGAAGCAGCAGUGAGAGCCUCAUUUUCUCUGGGAGCCAGGGCAGGGGGCACCAGCACCCCCCUCCCCACUCUGGGGCUCCCUCUUCUCAUCCCCCACCCUCUCCCAGCAUCUCUAUCCCCUGCAUGGGGAACAAGGCCUCGGGCCCCCAUGGCUUGGGCUCCCCGCUGGCAGCUUCUCCAGGCUUGGAGAAAGGGCUGGGGGGCCUGGCCCCACAGCAGGGCAGCAGGGUCUCUGUGUUGUCAGCCAGCCCAGCAUCCGAUGUCAGCUACGUGUUCGGAAGCAGCCAGUCCCUCCUCUACUCCAGCGUCUCCAGCCAUCAGUCAUCUUCUAGAUCCUUGGAGAGUCCAGCGAGCUCUUCCUCCAGCCUCCACAGCCUUGGCCAAGUGUCCCCGGGUACAAGAGCCAGUGACUUCCAGGUCUCCAGCAACCCCACCCCAAACAUGGGCCAGCCCAGAGCAACUCACUCCCCACCACUGGCCAAGGAGCACGCCAACAGCUGCCCACCAUCCAUCACCAACUCCAUGGUGGACAUACCCAUCGUGCUGAUCAACGGCUGCCCAGAACCAGGUUCUCCCCCAUCCCAGCAGAUCCCAGGACACCAGGACUUUGUCCGGCCUGGGGCCCCUUCUUCCAGCAACCCUUGUCCAGCCACCAGGAGCCACAGCCAGACCCCUCUCGCCACAUCCUCAGAGGGUCCCUCCAGGGACAUGCAGCCCACCAUGAAGUUUGUGAUGGACACAUCUAAAUACUGGUUUAAGCCAAACAUCACCCGGGAACAAGCAAUUGAGCUGCUGAGGAAAGAGGAGCCAGGGGCUUUCAUCGUGAGGGACAGUUCUUCCUACCGAGGCUGCUUUGGCCUUGCCUUGAAGGUGCAGGAGGCCCCUGCACCUGCCCCGAACCGAUCAGGUGAGGACAACAGUGACCUCAUCCGCCACUUCCUCAUCGAGUCUUCCGCCAAAGGGGUGCAUCUCAAAGGAGCAGACGAGGAGCCCUACUUUGGGAGCCUCUCUGCCUUUGUGUGCCAGCAUUCCAUCAUGGCCCUGGCGCUGCCCUGCAAACUCGCCAUCCCACAGAAAGAAUUGGGAGCUGGAGACGACUCAGACCCCACUACAGACAGCCGGGCCUCCUACCUGAAGAAAUCUGCAGGCUGCCAUGCCCUGUACCUGACCUCCGUGAGUGUAGAGACCCUGAGUGGAGCCCUAGCCGUGCGGAAGGCCAUCUCAACCACCUUUGAGAGGGACGUCCUCCCCACACCCACCGUGGUCCACUUCAAAGUCACUGAGCAAGGCAUCACCCUGACUGAUGUCCAGAGGAAGGUGUUUUUCCGGCGCCAUUACCCCCUCACCACCCUCCGCUUCUGUGGCAUGGACCCCGAGCAACGGAAGUGGCAAAAGUACUGCAAGCCCUCCUGGAUCUUCGGGUUUGUGGCCAAGAGCCAGACAGAGUCACAGGAGAAUGUGUGCCACCUGUUUGCAGAGUAUGACACAGUCCAACCAGCCUCCCAGGUCAUCGGCCUGGUGGGUGCCUUGCUGCAGGACACAGAAAGGAUGUAG